UCAUCCCGAAUUUACCGUUUGUGCCACUCUGGUUAUGAUCUUUUCCUGUCCCCGGAACUCCGAGAGCCGCCGCCGCUCCUCCUCCGCUCUCGGUUUCCCCCGCAUCCGCUUCUUCCGAUUCCGGAGACUGCGUUGAACCUUCAAGACGCUGAACGCUGAUUUGUGAUUUCGUUUCCUGAUCUUUGACCGCAGAUUCGUAUUUUUCUGUGUGAUAUUAUGCCGGUGAACUCGAAGAGCUGUGGCCGGAGAGGUGCCGCGGAGGCGGAGAGGAGCCGUCGUGGUAAGUUGCCGGAGAAAUCGUUGUCCUUCCAUGGUAAGUUCGCUAUCCCUUCGCCAUCUGCCACGGAGCUCCGGCGGCCGAAGACGAUGCCAGAGUUGCUGUCCAAAGGAGAAAGCGUCGGAGCUGUGGCUCUGCCGCCGCCGGCUCUGCGUCUGACGAAGCUUCUGCUCAACGUGACGGUCCAGGGGAGUCCAGGCGCCGUUCAGAUAAUCAUAUCGCCAGACGCCACCGUCGGCGACCUGAUCUCUACCGCCGUCCGUCAGUACGUCAAGGAAGGUCGCCGGCCGUUCUUGCAGGCGUCGGAGCCGUCGCGUUUCGACCUCCAUUACUCGCAGUUCAGCCUCGAAAGUAUUGAGAGAGAGGAGAAGCUGAUAUCGUUGGGAUCAAGGAACUUUUUCCUAUGUUUUGGAAACCCUCCGGCGGCGGAGGACGGCGGAGGACGCGGUGGUGCGGCGGCGUCGUGUUCGAAGGAGGCGGAGAAGGUGACGACGAAGACUGGAUUUCAGUGGCUCAAGUUCAUGGGCUUCUAGGAUUCAACAGUGGGGCCCAUAAAAUUUACUUUUUCUUUAUUCAGAAAAUGUUUUUUUUUUCAAAAGAAGAAAAAGAUGAUGAAUUAGAAAUGGAAAACAAAAAUGGAUCCCCCCCUUUAGCAGGUUUUACUAUAGGAAUUCGUCACGAGUUAGAUAAUUUUUGGUUGUUGAAUGUUAUUAUGCUCUUAUACAUUCUGUGCAUAUCUAUAUAGAAAUGAAUAAUUUCUUA